CCGGGGGCGGCUGAGGGAAAGGGGCCGGGCCGCGGGGUCUGCGGGACCCCCGAACAGGCGCGACCACGGGCGGGGGGAUCGGACGACGCAGUGCAGGGACGGCAAGGCUCGGCGCGGCGAUGGCGGCGCUCUCCACGCAGACAGAGCUGUAACCUGGCUUACCCUCCUGGCUGAUGAGCCUGCCCACCAUGGCGAGCCCCACUCUGAGCCCCGACUCCUCAUCUCAAGAGGCGCUGUCAGCACCCACCUGCUCCCCAACCUCUGACUCUGAGAACCUCAGCCCAGAUGAACUAGAGCUGCUGGCCAAGCUCGAAGAGCAGAACCGGCUCUUAGAAGCCGACUCCAAGUCCAUGCGCUCCAUGAAUGGCUCCCGGAGGAAUAGCGGCUCCUCACUAGUAUCCAGCUCCUCGGCCUCCUCUAACCUGAGCCACCUGGAGGAGGACACGUGGAUCCUCUGGGGCCGCAUUGCCAACGAGUGGGAAGAGUGGCGACGCAGAAAGGAGAAGCUACUCAAGGAGCUGAUCCGAAAGGGCAUCCCACAUCACUUCCGGGCCAUCGUGUGGCAGCUCCUAUGCAGUGCCACAGAUAUGCCUGUCAAAAACCAGUACUCAGAGCUACUCAAGAUGUCCUCACCAUGCGAGAAGCUGAUCCGCAGGGACAUUGCCCGCACCUACCCAGAGCAUGAGUUCUUCAAGGGCCAGGACAGCCUGGGCCAGGAAGUCCUCUUCAACGUCAUGAAGGCAUACUCCCUGGUUGAUCGGGAGGUGGGCUACUGCCAGGGCAGUGCCUUCAUUGUGGGCUUACUCCUCAUGCAGAUGCCUGAGGAGGAGGCCUUCUGUGUAUUCGUGCGACUGAUGCAGGAGUACCGGCUGCGGGAGCUCUUCAAGCCCAGUAUGGCUGAACUGGGUCUCUGCAUCUACCAGUUUGAGUACAUGUUACAGGAGCAGCUUCCGGACCUGAACACCCACUUCCGAUCCCAGAGCUUCCACACAUCUAUGUAUGCGUCGUCCUGGUUCCUCACACUUUUCCUCACCACCUUCCCCCUGCCUGUUGCCACCCGGGUCUUUGACAUCUUUAUGUAUGAGGGACUGGAGAUCGUGUUCCGAGUUGGCCUCGCCCUGCUGCAAGUGAACCAGACAGAGCUGAUGCAACUGGACAUGGAGGGCAUGUCCCAGUACUUCCAGAGAGUGAUCCCCCACCAGUUUGACAGCUGCCCGGACAAGCUGGUCCUCAAGGCUUACCAGGUCAAGUACAACCCUAAAAAGAUGAAGAGGCUGGAGAAGGAGUACGCAGCUAUGAAGAGUAAGGAGAUGGAAGAGCAAAUCGAGAUCAAAAGGCUUCGAACAGAGAACCGACUGCUCAAACAACGGAUUGAGACCCUAGAAAAGGACGGAGCUGGCUCUGGCUUUGGUCUUUCUCCGGGUCCUCUUCCGCUGGUUCUCUGGUCUUCACUCCUCUCUCCCCUGCUUCUAGAGGGGCAGGUGACACGGGCACAGGAGGCUGAGGAGAACUAUGUCAUCAAACGGGAGCUGGCAGUGGUGAGACAACAGUGUAGCUCGACAGCAGAGGACCUUCAGAAGGCACAGAGCACCAUUCGGCAGCUGCAGGAACAGCAGGAAAACCCACGCCUCACAGAGGACUUUGUGUCCCACUUGGAGACAGAGCUGGAGCAGUCACGGUUACGAGAAACAGAGACUCUGGGGGCCCUUCGAGAAAUGCAGGACAAGGUUCUGGACAUGGAAAAGAGAAACAGCUCACUGCCAGAUGAGAACAAUGUAGCCAGGCUCCAAGAGGAGCUUAAGGCGCUCAAGGUGCGGGAGGGCGAGGCUGUAGCCUCCGCGCGGGAGUUGAAAUCGCAGCUGCAGGAACUCUCGGACACCUGGCAGGCCCAUCUUUCCCGCGGUGGCCGCUGGAAGGAGUCGCCCCGGAAGCUGGUCCUGGGCGAGCUACAGGACGAGCUCAUGACCGUGCGUUUACGCGAGGCACAGGCCCUGGCCGAUGGCCGCGAAUGGCGGCAGCGCGUGGUGGAAUUGGAAACGCAGGACAACAUCCACCGCAACCUGUUGAACCGUGUGGAAGCGGAACGUGCGGCCCUGCAGGAGAAGCUGCAGUACCUAGCGGCGCAGAACAAGGGACUCCAGACUCAGCUCAGCGAAAGCCGCCGCAAGCAGGCGGAGGCUGAGUGCAAGAGCAAGGAGGAAGUGAUGGCGGUGCGCCUUCGGGAGGCCGAUAGCAUGGCCGCAGUGGCGGAGAUGAGGCAGCGCAUCGCAGAGCUGGAGAUCCAGCGGGAGGAGGGCCGCAUCCAGGGCCAGCUGAACCACUCGGAUUCCUCACAGUACAUCCGUGAGCUGAAGGACCAGAUCGAGGAACUGAAGGCCGAGGUGCGGCUGCUGAAAGGCCCACCAACCUUCGAGGACCCACUGGCUUUCGAUGGGCUUAGCCUGACACGGCACCUGGACGAGGACUCUCUACCAUCUUCUGACGAAGAGCUGCUGGGCGUGGGUGUGGGCGUGGGCGUGGGCGCAGCCCUGCAGGACCCACUCUACCCUCUGUCACCCCGGGACGCACGCUUCUUCCGACGUCUGGAAAGGCCAGCCAAAGACAGUGAAGGUAGCUCAGACAGCGAUGCCGACGAGCUGGCCACGCCUUAUAGCAACCAAGGCCUGGACAACUGAGGCUGGGGGCCCACUCUCUGGGAGCCUGGAGGCCGCAACCACCGCUUGCCAGGAGAGGGCAGCAGUCAGUGACCUUGCUGCUUCGAAGUACUAAAAGUCUGUGCCACCAUGGCUUCCGCCAACCGUGGGCCAGGUGGAGGAGCAGCACAGAGGGCAGGGCCUACUGGCAGGCACGUCCUACAUAGCAGUGUUCACCCGUUUUGGUCCAUACCGUCCAGGCCCUACCGAGUUCAAGGGGUGCCUAGACUUGGAGGGUGUUGCUCUCCUGAUAUGGACAAGGGCCGAAAGUGCAGAGGUCCCAGGACUUGCUAAGCAGGAAGCUUCCUCCUCCCAGUCGGCUUUCCUUUGGGACAAGGGUGGCCCUGCUGGGUGGGGCCCAGGAGCUGCAGUGGGUCUGAGGAAGGAGGGGCAACUUGGAUUGGAUAUUUGCACCCCAGGACAGGCUCUCUGGACACAGUGAUUUUGAACAGCCAGCCCCUUGCCACCAGGGUCAGAUGACCAGGCUAGGCUUUUCUGCCUGGUGCGGGCAUCACGACCCCUGCAGCAGAAACCAAAGUCCCCCGCAUCCUGUGUACAGGGCCACCUGGGGUGUGAGUAGUCAGUGGGAACCAGCUCAGGAUUGGGCAGUGGCCCCCCACUCCCUAGUGCUGCAGAAGCUGCAAAGAAGAGACCCUUACCCCAGAGCCCCCAUCCUCCCCUGGGGAAUAGUAAUACCACACGUGUUGGCUGGCUGUGGAAGAGAACCCCUUCCCUAGGAGUUCUCAGCCUCAGUCCUCUUGUUCCUGACCCCACUUCUGGCCAGAGUUUCCCAGUCAGAGUUACCUCCCUUAUCUUGAAGUGUUUCCGUGGUCUCUGCCCAGUCAGAGUUUAGAAUGGUGCCAAAGUCCAUCGAUGCUCCCAGGCUCCUCUAUCCCUCACCCCUGCAUCUUGGGACCCUGGGGGCUGACCCCCUCUCAGUGCUCCUAGAGCGUCAGGUAGAGUGGCGUCCCAAGCUAUCCCUGGGUGCUUCCUGGGUGGCCCACUCUUUAAGUGUUAAAAAGCCUGGGGGCCGGGGCAGGGUACCCUGAGGAGGCCCUCUAUGUGCCCCUCAUGUGCCCCUCCACACUGCCCACCACCAUUUUGCACACUGCCUGUUCACACUCCAUGUCUCCCAGGCAGGAAAGAUGGAAAAUAAAGUGUAUUUACACAGUCA